AUAAUGGCAAAUUUGAGUAAAUUGAUGGAAACUAUUAUAAAUCAAUGAACUGACGCGUCGAUUGUUAUGAUUUGGAUUUUAUAUCUCGCGGCGGUGGUGGCUGCGGCCUCGGGGGUGGAAGAGACAGAUUAUAAGGAAGAUAAGGAACAGGAUCCUUUGAAAUACAACCCUCACGACCGAGUUUAUAAGUACAAUGAAAAUGACAAACGACAGCAACAGAUCCUCCAAGAGUUCAACAACCCCGACUACUACCAGCCCACGCUAGUCCUGGACUACAGAUACAUGAAGACAGGUGGUCGGGAGUACGUUCAAGGUCCAGGCGGACAGUACAUAAUCCUACCUAAAGGUGUCAAAUCUCCACAAAAGACUGAAUUCAAGACUUACGAUGACCUUCUCCUCCACCUAAAAAACAAGCAGUUUAAUAAAGGACAUAUUCAUAAAGAAGAUUAUGGAUGGGAUGACUACCAAUUUAACCAUAAAUAAGUUCCAGAUAUCAGCAUGAUUGGCCAUCUUCACUGCAUACACACUGAUACCACUAUUUAAUUAAAUACCUACUUACCUCGUCUUUUGAUUGUAACAUGAAUUUCAUUAAAAACAUUUUAUUGUUCUGCAAUCCUUAUGAAUCCAUCAAGUUUAUAUACGGUAUCUACUGAUUAAUGAAUUCAUUUCCUAAGACAUUUUUUGUUAUUAACUCCAUUUUCAUAUUAUGAAAUAUAAAUGAUGUUAAUUUUAAAUUUGUUAACAUUAUAAGUACUUAUAUAUAUAAAUAUUUUUUUAUAAAAAAUACUGCUUAUAGGUAGUAAUAAAUAUCUUUGGCACGUCUCUAAUGACCUAACAAGCAAUACCAAAAUGAUUAGAGAUUUCCUUAGUAGUUAAUUUUCCAAAUGUAA